AGCUUAUAUAGCAAUUCUUCAGUCUGUUUUCCGUUUGGAAUAUUCGUAUAAGCUUGUGUAACUGUGUGCGCGACGCGGCAUAUCGUAACGGGGGUGGACAAUAGAUUAGCUUCAACAGGAACAGGCCAAAAUGGUCUUUCACGAUGCUCCGCUGAACUUUGAGAACUUUCUAGAUCUGGAUAACAUGUGUGUGUUUGGGUGCCAAUAAAUGCCAUUGACUUUGAAGUCAAUAUGGUCAUGCAUGGGGAAACCACAGACAAACCAAACAGAAUACCGUUGGUGAUGAUGUGGACACGGAGUUACACGGAGGACAUGCUAGAGGGCAUACGGAACAUUGUUAACAAGGUGUCCAUCGAAAACACUUGCGAUGGGCUGGUGAAAUUGGAUACAAGCUAACCACAGGCAAAAAGAUGUAGACUUUGGAGAUUCUGACAAUGAGAACCAGCCCGAUGCUUACCAAGCUCGCCUAAAUGCCGAGUCCAAAGAAAAGGAGGAGGAAGAUAAUGACGGCGAUGAUUCCGAAGAAAGACGUGGCCGAGGAGUAUGACAGCAAGGUGGAGGCUGAUUCGGACGACGGCAUUGACGCUAGUGGCGGUGGAGGAAAGGGUGGCACUGAUGAAAAAAAAAAAAGAAGAAGGAUACCAGGGACUCUCGCCUUCAUGUUGGGGUUUAAGGAUACCCGUUAAAGCAUUAAGCGCGAAAAUCCGGCCAUCAGAGCCGAAAACCCAAAAAAGGACGUUGAAAUGCGGAAGGAGCUCGAGGACAAGUCAAAACGCGAAGAGCACGCUAACAAGAAUAAGCUUCGCUAUCAGGAAGAUAUGCGCAACUACAAGUGCGGAGCGGGCGGUGGCAGUGAUGACGACAAGGGAGGCUCCAGCAAGGCAACCAAGUAACGCAAAUCUGACCCACCGCCAUCGAAGAAAGCAAAUACCUCUGGCAGUGGCUUCAAGAGCAAGGAACUCAUCUCCGAUGAUGAAAGUGAUUGGGCUCCCAGUCAUUGAACGCUAUUCCAUAAUUCAGUCACACAUAUAGUUUUUAAGUUCUCCCUAAGAGCAAAACCAAACUUUUUAUGGUAUUAAUAAUUUCCCAUAAUUUUUUA